AUGGGCUUCGGGCCUGCCAUUGCUGCUCCAGGGGAUCGGGAAAUGCGCCCAACAUUAGACUAUCCGGAGGAGCCGCUGAGGUGUAGCUGCAACCAUUUGUCUGCAGGCGAAGGUGUCUCUGGCCAUACCCGAUCGGCUCUUGUCCUGUGGCUCUUGGUGCAUUUUGGAUGUUGCGGAGAGCGGUUCCGCAGUCAGAACGUCAUGGGCAAAAGUUCCCUGUGCAUUUACGGUAUCAGAAAAUGGGAGUACGCCCAACUAGGCAUCGCAUUACCCUGUCGUUACUCAUAUCGGACAAUUCAAAAAGUCCGCAUUUGCGCAGUAGUUGCUGAUGGUAAUGGAGGCCGCCAGUGCCUUCUCAAGUGGUUCCGCGAGUCUUGUCGCCUGCAGGCAGGAAGCGGAAACGGCUCGGAACGGGUUGACAUCCAUUUCACGUGCGUGGUAGGCAUGCGCAAACUGCAUUCCGGUCAAAAACUGAGCAGCAAGUGCGCUGACUCAGACAAUGCGUCAAGUUGGGCCCAGCAGAUGGUAGCUUUCCCAGCCCAGCUUCACAGGCUGAACAGAAGCAGUUACAAACGGCAAUAUUGUACGUUGAGGGAGGAAACAAUGUUUGUACUUGUAUACAGCGUAAAUGCGCAGCGAUCGCAGCUGGAGGGCCACAUUGUGGCAGGCAGCGUGAAACUUCACAGCAGUGAUGCCUAUCGCAGCUCCUGGUUUGCCUCGUUACAACGGCUGAAUUCUAGCGUAAUUACUCGAGUGCUGCGGUAA